CGUCGUUUUUUCGUUAUUAUCCGCGUUUUAGCUGUUAUCGUUAUAACGCCGCCGCGCGGCGAAAGUAAAGGCGUCCGCAACGUUCUCGUCAUGUCUCUACCUCUCUUAUCGUCGAUUUAUUUAUUCUUUUUUUCAUUUCCUUUCCUCCAUUCCUCACGUUACGAGCGUCUCCUAUCAAAGAAUAGGGAGACGGAGACUGACAGACGCCCACAGAUAUACCGAAAGGAGAAAAAAUGAGGGAAGCAAGAAUGUGAGAGAGAAGAUGAGUCUGGGGGGGAUUCCACCAAGAAGUACGCCACGUGACCGCAUAGAAGUAUGAGGUCUCAUCAGGCUGGUACGUUUGUACGUGUGUGUGUAUGUGUGUUUACCCUGCUACGUUACUUAAAGCGUGGUCCUCCUCCAUCAGCAGCAUCAUGGCGGCCUACAUCAAUGCCUUGGAGUUGAUCUCCGAGGUGCAGAUGCGACCCAUCAUUUGGGACACUUCGUCAGACGAGUACAAAGACCGAGCUAAGAAGGCCGAGGCGUGGGCGGAGGUCUGUCGAACACUGUUCUUGGACUAUGAGCUGAGGUCUGCAGCUGACCAGAUAAAUUUGGAAAGAGAAGUUCUCGGGAGGUGGAAGAGCAUUCGAGACUGCUACACGAAGGAUUACAAGAAGUUUGCAAAUAAAAGUAGCCAGGGCCACCGGACCAAAAAGUCUCGUCGUUACAUUUUCUCGAAGCAGUUGGCUUUCCUGAGGAAGGUCAUGAAAACCAAAACUAGCGGGAGUACGGCAUCUCCACUCCAAGACACUGACGAGGGGACAGAGAGCAUCUUGGAUAUGUCGAAUGCGCCGGGAAAAGUUCAUCCGUUGCCCUUUGAAAGGGUGAAGAGGGCUAGGUCUCCAGCUGGCGGAGAGGCGAAGCAAAUCCUGGAUAAGAGAAAAAGGGUUUCUUCGAGCAAUGAGAUCGUGCAGGCCAAGGAGAGAGGCAAGAAUUUGUCGCUGGAAGACAGAAUAAGGCAAUUGAUCGAAGAACACGGUGAGCAGAGGAAUGACGAAGACAAGGACUUCUUCAUGUCGAUGCUCCCUUCAGUGCGUAGACUUAACGAAGACCAAAAGCUCGAAUUCAGAGUACAGGUCCUGCUGGCACUGCAAAAUGUCAGAGCAGGACAGCGCAAUUUGCAAAGCCCUUGGCCGCAGUCCUCAAAUCCUUCUUGUGUGCUUGUUCAACGUAGUCAGGCCAGUGCUGUUGGUCAGACUGGACAUUCUGAUGCUGUUGAAAUGGUCAGUAACGAAAGCACUGGUGGAGCACCUCGCUCUGCACCAGAGUCUCCGUGUAAAACCAAGCAAGAAUGCGACAGUCCUUCUCCAGCGCCGCCUUCCCCAGAGACAAAAGACUAUCACCUCCUAAUGUAGAGUGACUAGGUACGAUAUCUGAUUCGUUUAUUUAAAACAGGAAAAAAAACAAGAUCGAAUGAAAAUACAGAGUUGUCAGUUUGAUCUCAAGUCAUGUGGAUAGCAUCGAUGAUCAGACCAAGGGCCAUUCAGUUGUUACGUUCAGGAGACACUUUAAUAAACAUAUCUAUAAGU